AUGGUUCUCUGGCAUAAGAACGCUCAUGUCUUUGACAAUGACUUUGGGACAGUCUCAUUAGCAUUCUUCAACAGGUAUCCGAACCCGUAUGCUGUUCAUGUGCUCUCUAUAGAUACCCUCUCAAGAGAGACCGACUCAGAGGGUCUGUUGCACACUACAAGGUUGAUAAAAAAGACAGGAAAGUUACCACGAUGGUCUAAGACAUUGUUGGGAAAGAUUACUGAUUCUUGGAUCAUCGAGCAUUCGAUAGUAGAUCCGUCGAAGAUGGUAAUGAAGACUUUUACGAAAAAUUUGGAUCAUACAGGUAUCAUGCAGGUAGAGGAGUACACUACGUAUCAGUCGACUCGGGAUACUCAAAAGACGCUGGUGACCAGCCAAGUUAAAUUUUCCAGCGGGUUUGGAGUGGGAAUCAAGAACAAGAUUGAAGAGUGGUCACGUACUAAGUUUGACGAGAAUGUCAAGAAGAGUAGACUUGGCAUGACAUUUGUCAUGCAACAACUGCAGAACAGGAGCGACGUUUGUGCCUGUUGA